CGUGCCGCUGUCAACUUGCCAUGGAUCAUUUUUCUCUUCUUCCAUGCAGCCCUCCCUUCAAUUGGUGUGGCCUUCAAUAGAAUUUCUUUUCAUUGCCCACUGACCGUCGUCUGUCCCCUUCUUUAAUCUUUCCUUUGGACUUACUUCGCAGGUCCCCGUUCCCGUUUUCCCCUCCCUUUAUUUUGAGUGUGCAACUCGUCCUAUCAUUAACUGCGAGCUGUCCGAGUUGCUUCUCCCCCCCUCCCCCUUUUUCUAUCCACAAAACCUCUAGCAACUUCAUCCCGACGCUACCAUCUCACAUCGACGAACAAAGCUUACCCCCAAGACUUUAGUAUAUUGAGUCGUCUCAUUGCGCCACUUGAGCGACCGACAAUGGCACCAAAGAAGCCUGUUGUCGCCUCUGGCGCAGAUGUUGGUGAUGGUGUCAGGAGGCGGCCCGUAGCGGCCGCCCAAGCCGUGCCUGUAACGGCUGCUCCGACUGCUCCGACUGCUCCGACUGAAGUUGAUAACAAGAAACAGUUGGCACCAAAGAAAUCUUCGGUCCUCAAUUUCCUCGACGCGUGGGAGGUCGUCCUUGCCCCGCUACUACUCACCGCUUUGGCCAUCUUCACCCGGUUGUGGAAAAUUGGCAUCAGCAACAUCGUCACCUGGGAUGAGGCUCACUUUGGCAAGUUCGGAAGCCACUACAUCAAACAUGAAUACUACUUCGACGUCCAUCCUCCCCUGGGCAAGAUGCUCGUUGGUCUGUCUGGCGUCCUCGCCGGAUACAAUGGCUCCUUCGAAUUCAAGUCUGGCGAGAAGUAUCCCGAAGAUGUCGACUAUACCUUCAUGCGUGCCUUCAAUGCCGGCUUCGGAAUCGCCUGCAUCCCCAUGGCCUACUUCACCGCACGGGAGCUGAAGUUGUCGCGCCCUGCCGUCUGGUUGGUCACGUUGAUGGUUCUUUGCGAGAACUCGUACACCACCAUUAGCCGUUUUAUUCUCCUCGACUCAAUGCUUCUCUGCGGUACCGUAGCCACCGUCUACUGCUGGGCUAAGUUUCACAACCAGCGUUACAACAGCUUCGAACCCGAGUGGUUCCUCUGGCUCUUCAUGACCGGCCUCAGCAUCGGUUGCGUAUGCAGCGUGAAGCUCGUCGGUCUGUUCGUUACCGCGCUGGUGGGCCUCUACACCGUCGAAGACCUUUGGCGCAAGUUCGGCGAUACGAAGAUGCCCGUCGUUACCCUCGGCGCCCACGUCGUCACCCGGGUUGUUGGCCUCAUCGUCAUCCCGCUCUUGGUCUACAUGCUCUCGUUUGCCCUGCACUUCGCUAUCCUCGACCGCACUGGCCCUGGAGAUGCGCAAAUGAGCUCUCUCUUCCAGGCCAAUCUGAAGGGGACAUCGGUAGGCAGAGACAGCCCCUUGGAAAUCGCCUAUGGAUCUCGAGCCACCAUCAAGAACAUGGGAUACGGCGGCGGUCUGCUCCACUCUCACGUUCAGACUUAUCCCGAGGGCUCCCACCAGCAACAAGUCACCUGCUACCACCACAAGGAUUCCAAUAAUGAUUGGUUCUUCUAUCCGAGCCGCGAUGACGAGGCUUACGAUUCCGAAGCUGAUCCCCGUUUCAUCGCCGACGGCACCACUAUUCGUCUUAUCCAUGCGCAGACCGGACGCAACCUGCAUUCGCAUGAUAUUGCCGCCCCCAUGUCCAAGUCGGACAAGGAGGUGUCCUGCUACGGCAACUUGACCGUAGGUGACGCUAAAGACCAUUGGAAGGUGGAGGUUGUCCGAGACGCGGCCUCCCGGGACCGUAGCAGGAUUCGAACUCUGACGACGGCUUUCCGCCUCAAACAUCCCGUGAUGGGCUGCUAUCUCCGUGCUGGGAAUAAGAAUCUCCCACAAUGGGGUUUCAAGCAGAUCGAAGUUACUUGCACCAAGACGAACAAUCCUCGCGACACUUAUACUCACUGGAAUGUGGAGGCCCAUUGGAACGACAAGCUUCCCCCCAGCGAUCCCGGUGUGUACAAGUCGCCCUUUUUCCACGACUUCAUCCACCUGAACGUGGCCAUGAUGACGUCCAACAACGCUCUGGUCCCGGACCCCGACAAGCAGGACGACCUGGCCUCAAAGUGGUGGCAGUGGCCCAUUCUCGACGUCGGCCUAAGAAUGUGUAGCUGGGAUGAUUCGGUCGUCAAGUACUUCCUCUUGGGCAACCCCUUCGUCUACUGGGGCUCGACCGCCGCGCUGGGUGUCUUCGGACUGGUUGCUGCGUGGUACAUCCUUCGCUGGCAGCGAGGCUUCGGUGAUCUGAACACGACGGAGCUGGACCAGAUCCACUACGCGGGACUCUACCCCGUUGUCGGCUGGUUCCUCCACUACCUCCCAUUCGUUGUCAUGGCGCGUGUGACAUACGUACACCAUUACUAUCCCGCACUCUACUUCGCCAUCUUGACUUUUGGUUUCUUGGCGGAUUGGUUCCUCCGGAAUCGGAAGCGCGUUGUCCAGUAUGCCGCCUACGGACUUCUCUACACCGUCAUCAUUGGUCUCUACAUCUACUUCAUUCCCAUCUGCUUUGGCAUGACGGGGCCGAACAAACAGUACCGGUACAUGAAGUGGUUUGAGAAGUGGAGGGUCACGGACUGAAGAAUCCCUUUCCCCUACUUGUAGUUGUUAUUCACUACUUCUAGGUAGUACUCUACUCGAUCGGCGUCGUCGGGAUCGUCCCCGUCGAGCCUUAGCCUUAGACAGAGCUUAACUUUAGGGGACUAUCACUACGUGCUUCGUCCACCUUCUCUCUCCUCGCAUCACUUAUUGGGAUAAGACAGGGACAGAGGGGAAAAAGAGGAGUUUUGCAAUCCCGGCGCGGGAUGUAAGACGAUAGGGAACUUCUUGUAACUUUCAACACGAGCUAAUGCAAUGGAUCCAUAUUCUUGGUGAAUGCCCAGACGAGAUGUAAAUUGUUUUCUUCAUAAUG